UUGAGAAACCAACCAGCAAGAUUUAAAAACUAUGCUGAACUGACAAUCAUGAAAACACUGGAAGCACAUCAAGAUUCCCACAAAGAGGUUAUGAGAGCUGCAGAAGAAGCUGCUUCUACAUUGGCCAGUUCUAUACAUCCUGAGCAGUGUAUCAAAGGGCUUUGCCCAACCAUCCAGACUGCUGACUACCCUAUCAAUCUAGCUGCCAUUAAGAUGCAGACCAAAGUUAAGAGGAUUUCCAAGGAGUCCUUGCACCAGCUCCUCCCUGACACAAUCCCAGGCUUGCUACAGGGCUAUGACAACACUGAAAGUAGCUUUCCUAAGGCCAGUGUGUUUUGCCUAGUGGCAAUAUAUUCUGUAAUUGGAGAAGAACUGAAGCCUCACCUUGCACAGCUCACAGGGAGCAAAAUGAAGCUAUUAAAUUUGUAUAUAAAGAGGGCCCAAACCACCAAUAGCAACAGCAGUUCAUCAUCAGAUGUUUCAUGCACAGUUAAUGGAAAUAUCUGGACUUAUUUGUGUAGACUUAGAAGCAAUCAGUGGUAUCUCCCUGAGACCUUUCUUCUCCCAUUUUCUUCAUUGGCACGCCCAAUCAGUAAAAGGAGGCCGCACAGAUAUUUAUUGCAAUCAGUAUUUUGGUCCUUUCAAGCUUUUGUGUAG